AUGGAAUAUAUCAAGAUCACAAAGGUAGACGAUAUUCUACUUUUCAGGCGCGGUACUUCUCUUAAGGGGACGUUGCAUCUGACCACCCAUCAUCUGAUUUUCACUCUCCCGCCCACUGCGACCGGAAUGCGGGAGCUAUGGUGCUGUUAUCCAAUGAUCGAGAGGGUGGAACUAAACAAAGGGUCGGCCCAACUGUACAUGGUUGACUCUGAAACGCAUCCGGAUCUGUGCAAAGGAGCGUGUCUGCGGAUCCGAUGUCGCGAUUUCACGUUCAUGGCACUCGAUUUCCCGGAUUUGGCCCAAUGCCAAGACGCUUAUGACAGUAUUAUGAAAUUAACGUGUAUUGAUGAGAUCGAUAAGGUGUAUGCAUUUCUUUAUUCUCCGAUAAGGAUUGAAACGGCAUUUAACGGGUGGAAGGAUUACCAGGUGUUUGACGAGUUCCAGCGACAAGGGCUCGAUCUGGACUCGGGGCCUUGGCGGCUGUCCAAUUUGAACAGUGACUACAGGCUGUGUUCCAGCUAUCCUGCACAAACAAUUGUACCUCGGGCGAUCAGCGACACGAUUCUAUCGCAUUCGGUGAGCUUCCGUUCGAAAAACAGAUUCCCUGCACUGACCUACUACUACAAGAAGAACGGCGCUUGCAUAGUUCGCAGUUCGCAGCCCUUGACAGGAAUAAAGCAGAAUCGCUCUUUACAAGAUGAAAAAUUAUUGAGCGAGAUAUUUGCCACCAACGGCCGCCAAAACCUCGCCAACUUGAUUGUCGAUGCGCGUCCUAUCACCAACGCCAUGGCUCAGGCCGCUCUGGGUGCAGGGACAGAGGUGAUGGAGAAUUACCCCGGUUGCAAAAAAGUGUUUCUCAACAUUGAAAAUAUCCAUAUCAUGAGAGAAAGCUUGAACAAGAUUAAGGAAGUGCUGAAGAACGGCGACGUCUCUACACAGUUAUACAGUCCGGAGCUUCUUAUCAAAUCUGGGUGGCUCAACCACGUCUCCAACAUGCUCAAAGCGACAGACCUGUUGGUGAAGUCGAUGCAUUUAAACGGCAUGCACUUGAUACUGCAUUGUUCUGACGGAUGGGACAGGACGUCGCAAAUCGCCUCGCUGGUCCAGCUGUGUCUGGACCCAUACUUCCGGACACUGGAAGGGUUUGUGGUUCUUGUUGAGAAGGACUGGUGUUCCUUUGGGCACCGGUUCAACGAGCGGUCAGGACACUUACAACGCGAUACAAAGUUCUACAACUAUGCGCAGGACACAAACUUCCAGAAGAUCAAGCAACUCAACCAGCAUUUUAAGCACCAUCAGAACACAAAGCUGGAGAGCCCUGUGUUCCAGCAGUUUCUCGACUGUGUCUACCAGCUGAUGCGCCAGCACCCAGAGAAAUUCGAGUUCAACGAGCGGUUUUUGCGUCGUUUGGUUUACCACCUGUACUCCUGUCAAUACGGGACGUUUUUGUACGACUGCGAGCGCGAGAAGAAACAACUGCAGCUCGAGACGAGGACCCAAUCGGUGUGGAACUACUUCAAGAGCCGCAAGCAGGAGUUCUCGUUCCCUGGCUACCACGACGACCAGGAGGUGGUUUUUCCCAAUUAUAACGACGUCAAGUUUUGGUACCAGCUGUUUGGCAAGUCGAACGACGAGAUGAACGGGUUCCUGAGCGUAGGGCGGGUCGAAAAGGAGAAGGACGCGACGUCGAGUGCUGAAAAGAUUGAUCGUCUGGAAAAAAUGGAAGUCGGAGAAGAAUGA